AUCGUCAUUUUGUAGAGCGUUUUUUACUGCAUCUUUUCUUCAUAGAGACAAAUUUACAACCACUUGUUUCACUAUAGAAAAAUUUAUUAUUCAAAUCGAGUCAGGACUUCUGGCCCACCCUUUAACAAUCAAACAAUUUCUUGAAAGAAAGUGUUCUUAUGUACAGUAAAACUCUAGAAACAUUAUUGUUUGACCCAUUGAGAGUGACGAGCAAUAUAAACUUAGCAUCUAUGAUUAUUUCCAUAAACUUAAUUUUCAAAAUAUGAUUAUGAGAAAUGCAGAAUAAUAGAGAGAAAGAAACAAUUGCCGUAAAGUUAACUAACUGAUAGUUACCAUUAUUUUAACGGUAACUGAAAAGGCAGUUAUCGAACUGAAAAGACAGUUACCGUUGAUUUAACGCUAACCGAUAAGUUAGUUACUGUUAUUUAACGGUAACUGGAAAGGCAGUUAUUGUUAAAGUAACGGUAACUGUCUUUUCAGCUACCAAAGGCAGCUAUCGUUCCGUUAGUUUAACGGUAACUGUUUUUCUAGUUACUGUUGAACAGCGGGAACUUUUACAUUCCUAUACAGAAUAAUGAACUUAGUUUUACAGUUUACUGCAAAACUAAGCUCAUGUGUUCUAAUCUCUAUUAGUACAAAACUGAUUUGAUGUUUUUCGAUAGUUUUAGUUUAGAAUACUAUGAUGGAAUACUUUUCCGCUUGUAUACUGACACAAUAAUGCUCACACUAACUAAAUGAACUCCUCUUUGGAAUAAAGUAGUAUGGUUGCUUGUGCUAUACGCGUAUGUUCGCCAUAUAAACUUUUGACAGAUGAACUAGGCAGCCAAGUAAGUCAAAUGAGUAUCUAUCGGCAUUUGUUGAUAGUUUAAUUGGGAAAAUUAAUAAUUAAAUAUUCGAUUAAGGUUGGUAGUAUUGAGAAAUCUUUCAAGAGCAGCCUCUUCAGUUGCUCCCAAGCCAGUCAAUGUUUGAGCAGUGUGAAGUAUUACCAUAUAGUUCGGUGGGUUCGCUAUUGUUUGUUUAAAACGUUAACUGCAGUUACAGCCGCCCAGGCGAAAAAAAAAUCUAACGAUUUUUUCCUGAAAUUGAAACUUUUUGUUAUUUGGAACUGCUAAGUACUCAUUCUACGGCUCUCCAUUAGUUUGUUGUCAGCUAAUGUAAUUUCAAGAGGAUAUGACCAAAUGGGAAAAGUGGAAGAAUGGUGGGACAAAAGUUAAGGGUUCCAACCUCUGUGACUUCCCUCUGUUUUUAUUUUUGAAUCAUUUCAAAACGCGUUUAAACGACUAAAAAAGCGUUGGGUUUGAAACCUUUAACGCGUCUGUUUGUCAAUUUUUUUACCCUCAGGCGUUCAGUCACUUACAAGAGGAAAUAAAUAGGUAUAAAAAGUUCUGCUGUGUUUUUUCUGGUAUGUUAUAUAAAAGUUUCUUGGCCAGAACCAGUCCGACUAAAAAGAUUUUCGUAACGUAACCAUAUUACUCUCGUCGCCUCGUCGUCCUCAGCGCAUAAUCAACAUUUAGGAGCACCCUACUCCAAUCGACUGGCUGCUAGAGAGAAAGAAACGCUAUACCCGUAAACUGUUGUACAUUUAGUAGGAAUGCCGUUUCUUUUAAUAGUUCUACUUAAAAUGAUUCGGAGAUUUUCCUUAGUUAGCCUUUUCUACACUUUUAGGGAAUUAAUAUCUAUUGAAAAAGUGACGAAAUGAACCUGCUUCAUGGCUAUCGACUUAUAUUGAUUAUAUGUCUUAGUUUUAAUCCAAAAUCAGUUGUUUCUUCCGUACUGUUGUACGAUACAGAAGAUCGAUCAGCUGCACAAGCUUAUGAUUGUAUACACUAUACUGAUCUACAUAAUCAUAUGCAAUCUGUCAAAUACUGCAUUCAAUCGCAUGAAAGCAUUUCGUUAAAUCGUACGUCUUCAGACAAUACGGCUUUGUGUUUAAACGAUGGGACCGAACAUAGUUUUAAAGAACUAAAAGCGAAUGGAACAAAUGCACAAGAAUUAACACAAUGGGCUUCGGUAACUAUUGAAUUGGUAGAUCAAUAUGCACAAUAUUUAGAAAGCUAUCCCUUAGGACAAGCUUUCUACGGUGAUAUAAUGUGUUAUACCACAUUAACUUUAUGUGAUCCAGGCUUAUUAUGCCUUGACUGGCGGAGUAUAUGCGACGCAGUUCAUCGUCCACAUCUACCUGCAUCGAGCGAUGCUCGAUUCAACUAUCGUCUUUUUGCUAUGAAGCCAGCUGCAUCCACUCGUGUAUCUAUUAAAUAG